GGGUACGUCAAAGUCGAAGCUCCAUACGGCGCUCGACGUUUUUCUCCGUGAUUCUCACGUUGCAUGGAUUGAUCCAACACGCGUUGGCCAGCUCACUUCUCAAUCGGCCUCGUCCCAACCACAAUGAUCUUCACCCUUCGCAAUGCCGUCCUCCACCGGCACAAGCCGAUCACCGCCCGCGCCGCAAUUUCGUUCAUCGCGUCUGAAACACCCACUACGGCUUUAAAGAAGCUCGCAAACAAGCGGCCUGCGAGCUUCGCGGCCGCCGAAGCUGACAUAGCUGUCGAGGACUGUACCACAGCACAGUCUGGUUUCGCUGUCAUGCGCACACCCGUUGCCAAUAAGGGUCAAGCCUUCACCAAGGAGGAGCGAGCGGCGUUCAAGCUACGCGGUCUCCUGCCUGUAGCCGUCACUUCCAUCGAGCUCGAAACACAGCGUGCCAUGAUGCAGCUGCGUCGUAAAAGCACACCUUUGGAGAAGUAUAUCUUUCUACAGAACAUGCAAGACACCAACGAGGACGUAUAUUAUCGAAUGCUAAUGGAGAACACGGUCGAACUGCUGCCGAUCGUCUACACGCCCACCGUCGGGCAAGCCUGUCAGGAGUUCAGCCACAUUUACCGUCAGACUCCGCGCGGCUUGUACAUCUCCAUUAACGACAUCGGGCACGUCGCCGAGAUCCUCGACAACUGGCCGGAAAAGGAUAUUCGUGCCAUUUGCUUCACGGACGGUGAGCGUAUUCUUGGUCUGGGUGACCAGGGCGCCAAUGGCAUGGGGAUCCCUGUCGGCAAGUUAUCGCUAUACACGGCUUGCGCCGGUGUGCCGCCUCAGAUGUGCCUUCCCGUCGUACUCGACUGCGGCACCAACAACGAAGAAUAUCUGGCCGAUCCGUUCUACAUUGGUCUACGUCAGAAACGUGAACGUGGUGCGAAGUUCGAGCAGCUCGUGGACGAGUUCAUGAACGCUGCUAAGGCCAAGUAUGGCGACAACGUGCUGCUGCAGUUCGAGGAUUUUGGAAACUCCAACGCUUUCCCGUUGCUGCGGAAGUACCAGAACACGCACUGCACAUUCAACGAUGACAUCCAGGGCACGGCCUCCGUUGUGCUUGCUGGUCUGUUGGCUGCCGUGCCGCUCUCGGGUAUGCCGAUCUCGGGGCAGAAGUUUGUCUUUUUGGGUGCUGGCACUGCUGGUACAGGUAUUGCCGACCUGAUCGCCUUGGCAAUCUCCCGUGAGACCGGCAAGUCCGUGGAAGAGUCUCGUAAGCAUAUCUGGCUGGUGGACUCGCGUGGUUUGGUCGUGGAGUCUCGCAAGGAUUCGCUGCAACCACACAAGCUCCCGUAUGCACACGACGCCCCUGAAUGUCCAAACCUAUUGGAAACUUUGGAUCGCAUCAAACCUACUGCUCUUAUCGGCGUGUGUACCAUUGCUAAAGCUUUCAACGAGGAAGUCUGCCAGAAAAUGAGCGAGCUGAACGAACGCCCCAUCAUCUUCGCUCUGAGCAACCCCACAUCCAAGGCCGAAUGCUCGGCCGAGGAGGCCUACACGUUCACCAAUGGGAAGUGUAUCUUUGCCAGUGGGAGUCCUUUCGACCCCGUUGAAGUCGAUGGCAAGCUCUGUGUUCCUGGUCAGGGCAACAACUCGUACAUUUUCCCUGGUGUUGGCCUGGGUGUCGUCGCUGCCGGAUUGACUCAUGUGAACGACGAGAUUAUGAUCAUUGCCGCCAAGACUUUGGCUGGAAUGACAACCCCCGCUGAUCUGGAGACUGGAUGCGUCUACCCGCCGUUAUCCAAUAUUCGGGAAGUAUCUCUCAAGAUCGCAGAGGCUGUCGCCGAAUACGGCUACGAACAAGGUUUUGCCACCGUCCCGAAGCCGGAGAACAUGGCGCAAUACCUGCACGACUUCAUGUACAACCCGUGAGUGCUGGAAGUAGAGGUACAGAGCGUGAAGUCAAUUGUGGCUGCUGCUGGAAAUGCAGCGAGUAUUAUUGUAAUCUGAAGAAAGCACUCAUAUGAGUCAGUUGUGCUUGUUGCCAACUUAUCCA